AUGAUGAGAGCAGGAGUCAGAGCGUGCUUUGGAAGAAUCGAUCGCGAAAGAGAUCAAAACUUCCUGAAGGCGAUGUCUGGAGGGAAGAGAGGGAAGAGAAGCAAAGCGGAAGAUUUGGGAUACCACCUGUGGGGAGCUCCCGAUAGCAGUAGAGACAAUGCUGGUACUGUAGAAAGCGAGUCUGACCUCGGCCUUCACUCGCGCAUCUACAAUCUCUCGGGGUUGUCUCAGGAAGGAGGCGCUUGCUUUGGACUCUCGCUGAUACAUGCAGAGCAGAAGAUCAAUGAGAUUUUGGGUCGGGCCACGGGGAAGCUGAAGUCUGACUGGCGCCCACAUGGCCUGGAAGAUGUCCGUCUGGUAGCAUUCAAAUACCCAGGAACGAACCGCAAUGUCGCAAAGCUUGAGUCGUGGGGCGGUAGCUCUCUCUAUGGAAGAGCUUGUAAUGAGCCAGCUGUACGAAGUUUUCCAGAACAUUUUGUAAUCAGUCAGGAGUUUGCACUCACACCUCGGGGAAAGAUCGCACCGAAAACAAUAUCAUACUACGCUCAAAAUACCUACAGGUAA